GCGAGACCUCUAAAGACACCGCCGCUGGGAAUCCCACCAUUCUUUCUGCCGUUGGGACACCUCAUGGCCGUUCAUAACGUAUAUUUUUCACACCGCUCGCGAUGGAAGCUUUCUCUUUCGCAACUUCCACUGCCUUGAACGAGCUUACUGUUCAUGUGCGAAUUGACCGCCUUGAUGGUCAUUUAAAGCCCAUACCAUACUCCGUACUUCUGAAGAGGCCAGACUUAAGACAUAGAGCUUCGAUCGCCAACCCGCAUUCCGAGCUAUAUGUCACCGCUCAGAUAUGGGCCGACAGCAAACCGCUAACAGUGCCCGUACAAACGGCCUACAAGACGUUCAAGAACGCGCGAAUAUGGAAUGAGUGGACAUCAUUGCCGGUCACGUAUUCGAACCUCCCCGCGACAGCUCAGCUUGCUCUCACCGUCUGGGAUCUCUCCCCCGCCGAGUCCGAAGAUACAAACUCCCACGCUGUUCCGUUCGGCGGCACAACUAUACCGUUAUUUGACCAGGAUAAUACGCUACAUAAAGGAAGACAGCGGUGUAGGCUGCAUCGAUUUAAGGUUGCGGACGGGCUGUCUUCAACUACCACACCAUGGAUAAUACCACCCGCACGGAGAUCUCGGAAGGAAGUCGUCAGAGAAGACACAGUAGAUGAGCAAAUCGCAGAGAUGCAGCGGUUGGAAAUGUUGUUAAAAAAGCAAGAGAUGGGUGACAUCCCGGAAAAUCGGUGGCUAGACGGCAUGGUUUUUAAGAAGAUGAUGAAGAUACGGAAUGAAGCCUUGAAAGCAGAAGCGAUUGGCUCGAAUCGAACAGAUCCUGCCUCAUAUAAAGAUGACGAUAAAAGUGGCGACAAGGAGUCUAGCGAUGAACUUUACUAUCUCGAUAUAGAAUUUCCGCGCUUCGAUCAUUCAAUAGUCUUCACAGACGUCGAGUACCCUCCGCCGCCCGUGUCGAACAUCAAAAUAUCCUCAGACUCGGAAGUAUUAUUACGGCCGCCGCCUGAAGUAUCCUUUGGUCCUGGCAUCGACAUCGGUGACGCUGACAUCGGUCGGUUGAUCCGGAUAUACGAUCCCGAAACGGGCAGGGCGGACAACCCGGCUGAGAACAAGCACCGCAAGCUGAUGCGUAGCCAACAAACCGAUUCACUAGACCGCGAUAGGAAACCAGAUGUGUCGACGCGAGAUCGACUGAACACAAUCCUCUCAUUCGGCCCCCUACAAGAGAUGACAUCUGAUGAUCGUGAUCUGAUAUGGAAGUUCAGAUAUUACCUGCUUCGUGACAAGAAGGCUUUGACGAAACUGGUUAAAUCUGUGAAUUGGAGAGAUGCUGGAGAAGCCCGACAAGCCGCGCCAUUCUUCGAAAAGUGGGCGGAGAUUGAUGUUGAUGAUGCUUUGGAGCUGCUUGGUCCUCAGUUUGAUCACCCUCUAGUGAGAGCCCAUGCAGUGGAGCGCUUGAAGAAGGCGGAUGAUGAUGAACUUCUCCUCUACCUGCUCCAACUUGUGCAGGCCCUGAAGUAUGAAGCAUCCGGAGCCGGAGACAACUCUUCUCUUGCACGAUUCCUCGUCACCCGUGCCAGCGACAGUCUCAUGCUUGGCAACUUCCUCCACUGGUAUCUCAUGGUCGAAAUCAGCGACUUCAGUGCAGACCAAGCUCCUGAACAUCGGGAACUCUUCGCCAAGGUUGAGUUCGAUUUCAUGUUUGAACUCGAAAAGACUCCCGAGGGUGUCGAAAAGCGAAAGACAUUCAAGCGUCAAGGCGAGCUUCUAACUGUACUCGCUAAGAUCGCGAAAGAAGUCCGGUUCGCAGGAGGACGAAAGGCCCAGAAGCUCGAGAGACUUAAGAAGUUUCUUUCAGAUCCCAAAAACGAGCUCGCCAACUUCGAUCCGCUCCCUUUGCCGCUCGAUCCCACCAUCCAGAUCAAUGGAAUCCAUGUCGACGACUGCAAUGUGCUCUCCUCAUCCCUGCAUCCCAUGAUCCUCAACUUCAAAACAACCUCGAGCACGAAAUACUCCAUCAUCUUCAAAACCGGCGACGACCUCCGACAAGACCAGCUCGUAAUCCAAAUCAUCACCCUCAUGGACCGCCUCCUCCGCAACGAAAACCUCGACCUAAAACUAACCCCGUACCGCAUCCUCGCGACCUCCACCAGCGCCGGCGCCAUGCAAUUCGUGCCCUCCAUGUCCCUCGCGGACGCAACCAACAAAUACAAAGGCUCUCUCCUCGCGUACCUCAAAGCCAACAACCCAGACGACUCGGAACCCCUGGGCGUCCGCAAAGAAGCCAUGGACACCUACAUCAAGUCGUGCGCCGGCUACUGCGUGAUAACGUACCUCCUGGGCGUCGGCGACCGGCACCUCGACAACCUCCUGAUCUCGCCCUCCGGCCACUUCUUCCACGUCGACUUCGGCUACAUCCUCGGGCGCGACCCGAAGCCCUUCGCCCCGCAGAUGAAGCUCGCGCCCCAGAUGGUCGAGGGCAUGGGCGGCACAAACCACCCCAACUACCUCCUCUUCAAGCAGUACAGCUUCACGGCGUGGUCGACGCUGCGCAAGUCCGCGAACCUCCUGCUCAACCUGUUCAAGCUCAUGGAGGAGGCGAACAUCCCGGACAUCCGGGUCGAGCGCGAGGGCGCCGUCAGGAAGGUCGAGGAGAGGAUGUGGUUGGAUAAGAAGGAGGAGGUUGCGAUGCGGGAUUUCGAUGCGCUGAUUGAGGAGAGUCUGGGCGAUUGGAAGGCGGGAGUCAUUGAUUGGGCGCAUUAUUGGGCGCAGUAUCUUAAGAAGUAGAUGCGUUGAGCAAGCGGUUAGAUGCUAUUAAUACCAACUAGAAUGGCAUUCUUCAUCACGUUUCGCAUAGAUACAGUCAAAUCGUGCAGUAUAUUAUAUGUGUG